AGGAACAAAAAAUAAUACAAACAAAAAAAUAAGAAGAAAUCCCUGCAGCGGCGUUGCCACCCGGUGCCAAAAAAAACGCAAAAACAACAACACCAGCGAGUGGCACUCGGCGAACCGUUUACCGUUAUUUCUUUCUGCGCUUUUUUCGCGUUCGCCGUCGCAGUCGCAGUCGCAGUCGGCAUAGACGUCGACGGCAACAGCGGCGUUGCCUUCGAAGAAGAAACAAAGUAACAACAAAAAAAUAGGAUACAAAAAAUCUGCAUUAUUCCUCAAGCGAGAAAAGCUCCGGGAAAAGCAAUGCAACAACAGCAGCGGCAAAGGCAGCAGCAACAACAACAACAGCAGCAACAGCAACAACAAGUGUAGUGUGUCGCACGCGCGACUUGUGUGUGUGAAUGAUGAAGAAGAAGCAAAAGCAACAACACCAGCAGCAGCAGCAGCAGCAAUCGCAGCAGCAGCAGCACCAAAGCAAGGCGCCAUCGGAGGCUGAGCGGCAGCAGCCCAGCAGCGGCGGCAGCAAUAGCAACAAUAAGCAUUCGCCAACAACACCACCAACAACUAAGGCAACACUAAAAACAACAAUAACAACAACAGCAGCAGCACCAGCAACAGCAGCAGCACAACAACAACAACAACAAAGGUGCAGCCGCAGUCGCAGCAGAAGUCGCAGCAGCAGCAGCAGUAGCAGCAUCAGCACCAGCAGCAGCAGCAGCAACGCCAGCAUAGGCAGCGACGUCAGCAGCAGCAGCAUGUCCAAAACAAGCAACGCAAAUCCACAAGCAUCAGCAUCAGCAGCAGCAGCAGCAGCAACAGCAGCGGCAGCAGCAGCUGCAGCGGCUGCAAAUGCAACAAAUGCGGCCGAUUUUAGUGCUUUCGAUUUUAAUGAUAGCUCCGAUAACUCCGAUACGCCCCUUGUGCCACGCCCACCCUUCCUCAGUCGCGCCGCAGCAGCGGCGGCAGCGGCAGCGGCAGCAGCGGCCGCCUUAACCAGCAGCAGUAACAAUAGCAACAACUCGGCGACGGGACAAUUGCCGCACAGCAGCAGCAACAACAACAAUAACAAUAAUAAUAAUACUAAUAAUGGCAACACUACUGGUAACAACAACAACAACAGUCGCAGUAGCAGCAGCAGCAUGGACGAAGAAGAAGAGGAGGAGGAAGAGGAAGAGGAGGAGGAAGACGAGGAUGAGGAGGAAGACGACGAGGAGCACCACCAUCAGCAGCAGCAGCAGCAGCAGCAACAGCAGCAGCAGCAGCAGCUAGCGGCCGAGCAGCAGCAACGUGCAGCGGCAGCGGCAGCUGUGGUAGCAGCCGCUGUCAAUGCGCUGCACAAUGGCAACAAGCAGCAGCAGCAACAGCACUAUAAUAAUAACAACAACAACAAUAACAAUGGUAACAGCAAGCGAGAUCAGCGGGAUCGCGAGCGGGAUCAGCGAGAGCGAGAGGAUCACCUGCAGGCGCAGCAGCAGGCACCGCCGGAGGAAGAGGACGAAGACUACGACGAGGAGGAGGAAGACGAUGAGGAGGAUGAUCACCACCACCACCAGCAGCAGCAGCAGCAGCAAGGUAAUGGCCAUGAUCUGGGACCCACUGACCUCAGGCAUGUCCUGCCCGCCAGUCAUCAUGAUCCACAGCAGCAGCAGCAGCAGCAACAACAGUUGCAACAGCAACAGCAGCUGCAACAGGAGCCCGCCGACUAUGACGAUGAGGGCGAGGAAGAGGAGGACGACGACGAGGACGAGGAGGAAGACGAGGCCGCCAGCAGUCACCUGGAUAGCCGGGCCACCCUCUCCUCGGCCCACCUGAACUCCGCUGCUGCUGCCGAAAGCAGCGGCCUACACAUGAGCGCUGUUGCAGCUGCAGCGGCAGCAGCAGCAGCAGCCGCUGCAGCAGCCGCAGCCGCCAAGCUGAAUGCCCAACUGGAGCAGCAGAAUGCCACCGCUCUGGACAUGGCCAGCAGCAGUAGCGGUGCCCCAAUGUCCUCGUCUAAUGCUCAGCAACAACAGCCAGGACCCAGCAGUCUGCUGGGUGGCAACAGCAACACGAGCUUCUCCACGAACAACAACAGCAACCACGCCCUCAGCUCCACGCAUGGCGGCAGCUCGGCGGGCGCUGGCAGUGGACCAGGUGGUGUAGGCUGUUGCAAUGACCUUAUGGGAGCGGUAUCCGCUGGUGGCGGCGGUAACUCACGUGGGGCCUCUUCCUUGAGCGGACUUGUGGGUGGCUCAGCGCUUCAGCAGCAUCAGCAGCAGCAACAACAGCAGCAGCAGCAUCAGCAGCAGCAACACCAGCAGCAGGGCAACGGCAACGGAAGUGGUAGCGGUGGCAGCAGCGCUGCUAGCGAACGUCGGAAGUACCGCCAUCAGAAUUAUAGUAAAAACAUCUACAUCGGCACCAAGAACGCGGAAAAGUGGGAGCACAUGCGCACCCGGUUGCAGUUCAAGAACGAUGUGGAGUUCGUUGCUUACCUGCUCAACCUGGCCGAUAACGACACGGAUCGGCUGAACAAUCUACCCCCGCCCUCGCCCGCGCACACGCCCACCAAAGGCUUCGAUGGCAACUUCAAGCUGGAACCGAAUCUCAGCGCCAAGGACUUUGCCCCACCGCCCGACUCCUCGCUCAACGGCAAUGGCAAUACAAGUGGGAACGGUGACUCUGCCUCGGCGGCCUCUCUGCCCAUGGCCACGCCCACGCCGCCACAACGCAAGCGGUACAAGAAGCGUGUCCAAUUCAGUUCCGAAGCCCUCAAUGGCUAUGCCGGCAAGGGGAAGGGAUCAGCAGCAGCGGCGGCUGCAGCGGCAGCAGCAGCAGCAGCCGCAGCGGCCGGAGGAAGUGCAGCAGGAGGUGGCUACAGCUAUACCAAGUCCAAGAAGCAGGAGGCCAAGGCAGCGGCGGCAGCCCUCAAAGCGGGAGCAGCAGCUGCAGCUGCAGCGGCGGCAGCAGCAGCUGCCUCCUCGGCGUUACCCGAGGUCCUUGACUGCCGCAUUGCCGAGAAGAUCAAGAGCGAACUGGAGGCCAAUAGCAAGGAGUCGCUACCGAAUGCGUUGUGCCUCAAGAAAGCUGCAGCAGCGGCGGCAGCGGCAGCAGCAGCAGCAGCGGCAGCGGAGGGGCAUGGCAGCGAUGAAGAUGAGGACGACGAGGACCAGCAGCAGCAACAGCACCAGCAGCAUCAACAGCAGCAGCAACAUCAGCAUCUGCUGGCCAACAUGCCCGCCAUGGAUGCCGUGGAUGGCCUAGCAGGAGGAGGACCUGGCAUCACCACCAGCAAUGGCCAGUUAAGUAACUUCCAUGUCCGCUCCAAGUCGCAGGGUGGCAAGAAGUCCCAGGCAGCCAAGGCGGCAGCAGCAGCAGCUGCAGCUGCAGCAGCGGCAGCAGCGGCCAUGAUGCCACCCAACUCCUAUGACGAGCAUGAGGAUGAACCGGGCAUGGGUGCGCCUGGCAAUGAUGAGGACGACGACGAUGAUGAGGAACUUGACGAGGAGGCCCUGGCCCGCGAAAUGAAAAUGGAGCAGAAUUUCGUCGAAGAAGAGGACGAACAUGAUAUAGCCUUCCGAUCGCAUCAGUCCUGCCGCGAAUGCUCCAUCACACAUGACCACAAAAUGUGUCCACUGCGCAAUGCCUGCGGCAAUGUGACCGAUGCCGUUGACCUGGGCGAGUGGAUCGAGCGGCGGAAUCUGGAGGCACUGGCCAAACUGAAGGCCGAUGCCCAGAGGCAGGCGAAAAGGGCCAGCGGCAGGCAACGGCAUGAGGAUGAUGAUAUGGAGGACAUGGAGGAUAUGGAUAUGGAUAUGGAUGAAUCAUCGCAACUCUCAGAGCUGGAGACCAAGCCACUGAUAACCUUUGCGGAGGCCUCAGUGCCCGCGGAAUUCGAGCUGCACAAUGUGGAGCCCAAUGUGACCGGUGUGUUUGCCCGCACAGAGGUAAGGGCCUUUACCAAAUUGGGUCCCCUCAUUGGCCAACCGGCGCAGACCGGUGAGGUACGUGAGGGUAGCGACAUGAAGUGGAUCUUUGAGAUGUGUGAGGCUGGAGCGGAUAAGUCAUAUCUGCUGUGCUGCGAUAACCCCAAUGCCUCAAAUUGGUUGCGAUUUGUCCGACCGGCGCCCAGCUAUGAGGAGCGCAAUGUCAAUCUGGUGUCCAUAGAUCGUCAAGCUUACUUUGUAAGCUGUCGAGAUCUAAGGAAUGGCAUGGAGUUGCUGUACUGGAGUGAUGAUUGCAAUACCAUGUGGCGCAAGAAGCACACGGAGAAGACGAAUUGCGGUGGCUGCAACCUAAAGUUUGAGCAUCCGCUGUACUAUCGCACCCAUUGCUCUGUCUUCCACGAUCCCUCGAUGAGUCUAACCAUUCGGAAAUACCAUUGCAAGGUCUGCGGUGAGGCUGUCCUUGGCAAGGACAACAUCAUGAAGCAUGCCGCGGAGAAGCAUGAUGGCAAGGGUGCCUAUCAGUGCCAGUUUUGUAGCAAGUUCUUCCUGCGACUCAACUACCUGGAGAUGCAUCGCACCUAUGGUUGUGCCUCAAAUCCCAAUCGUUCGAGGCCUGUCUGCGAUUUCUGUGGCCGCAAAUUCUGUCAGCCCCAAAAGCUAAAGGCACACAUCAAGCGAAUGCACAGCGGAUCGCGAGCGGCACUGCAGCGCCACUCGAAGGAGGUGCACAGCCGCAACUCGACGGUGGUGAGCUGUCCGCGUUGCCAGAAACUCUUCCAGAAUCGCAGCAAUCUCAAGAUCCAUAUGCUGACCCACUCGGGCGUCAGGCCGUUCAAGUGCGCCGAGCCGGAGUGCAAUGCAGCUUUCACCACCAAACAGUGCCUGCAGUUCCAUUACAAGAAGGUGCACAACUACACCCAGGAGCAGAUGCCAAAGAUUGAGCGCAGUGUGGCCUAUACGUUCGAUGCCUAUUCGGGCGGCAUGAAGGUCGACUUUUUGGGUAAGCAGACGGCGACGACUGCGCCGGCUACGCUCUCGGCUCUUCCGGCGCCGCCACGCCCUAAUGCGGCCGUCGUCUCCCCUCUCUCCAACUCGUUCACAGAGCAAGCACCGCGACGGCGUCGCAAGAGUCUCGAGGACCAGAGCUCCAUGCUCAGCGGUUCGCUGCAGAGCGACGCCGAGUUCAGCGAUGACAACCUGUUCGAGGCCAUCAAGAAGAGUGGCAAAUCCAUCAAGGAUCUGUGUCGCAACGAGCCAAAUCUAUCGCUGCUCAGCUCUAAGAUCUCCAGCAUCUUUGGUGACAAGGUGGUGCCCUCCUCUGUUUCCGCUUCCGCUUCGGCCUCUGCCUCGGCCACCGGCGGACGCAAGCGGAAGCGCAAGAAGGAGCCAAGUGCGGCGGCCCAACAUCACCAGCAGCAGCAGCUUGGCCAGCAGCAGCAGCAUUCGCAGCAACAUGCUGUUGCGCAGCAGCAACUGCAUACGCAACAGCAACAGCAGCAACAUGCUGCCGCCCAGCAGCAGCUGCAACAUCAGCAACAGCAUCUGCAGCAGCAGCAUCAGCAAGUGCAGCAGCAACAGCAGCAACACAGUCACCAUCAGCAGCAGCAGCAACAUGCCGCACAGCAGCAGCAGCAUCAGCAGCAGCAACUGCAUCACGAUCCGCAGCAGCAGCAGCCGCCGCAAUAUCACCCGCAUCACCUGCACCAGCACGGCCUUCAGCAGCACACGCAGCAGCAGUCACAGCAGCAGCAGCACGCCCAGCAACAGUCUCAGCAGCAGCAACAGCAGCAGCUGCACGGCUCUGAUCCCGACGAGGAGGAGGCUGUGGCAGCGGCAGCAGCAGCGGCGGCGGAACACGCCCGUCUAGAGCAGGUGCGGCGCAAGCAGAACGCCCAGCUGAGCCUGGUCGAAUCCUUCCUCACCACCACCGCCCAAAGGCUGAGUGCCCAGCAGCAGGUGCAGCAGGUGGUGGCCGCUGCGGCCGCCGUCUCGGCCAUGGCCGGUGCUGGCGAUGAUCCCGCCAAGCUUGGCCACAUGAUGGGCCACAUGGGCGUGGGCGUGGGUGUGGGCAUGGAUGAGGAGGAGGACGAGGAGGAUGAUGACGAUGAUGGUGGGGGCGGCGGUGGCGGUGGCUCUGCUAGUGGUGCCUCUGUGACCCACCAGCAGCACCAUUCGCAUGUCCAUGCCCAUCAGGCCCAUCACUCGCAUGUCCAUGCCCAUGGUCACCCGCAUCACGCCCACUCACAUUCCCAUGGCCACGGCCAUCCGCACCAGCAUGCCUCUGUGCAGGGUGCAGGGCAGCAGGAUUACCGCCACGCUGUGGCCAUGAAUGCGGCCGCCCUGGGCCAGAAUCUGGUGGUCAGCAAGGGUAGCAAGAAAUGGAUCCAGGAGGUGGAUGCCAGCGAGGUGGGCAGCGACGGUGGACCCGGAGGAGGAGCAGGUGCGUGUGGUCAGUUAUCCGGUGGUCCUGGCUCGGAUCUUGGCUUUGCAGUGCCACCCAGUGCCGUGGAUGAGCACAGCAAGUUGCUGGGCCAGAAUCGUGACUUCCUUGCCCGCCUCAUGAGCAGUGCCAGUGCCAGUCAUGCCCACGCCCAUGCCCAUGCCCACGCCCAUGCCCACCAGCAGCACCAGCAGCAGCAACAGCAGCAGCAGCAUCAGCACAGCGCCCACAGCCGGGAGGAGGAUGAGAAUAGCUCCUUCCUGGAUGUCGUCGAGUCCAAUAAUAAUGCUGCGGCCGCUGCAGCCGCCGCCGCAGCAGCAGCGGCCAUGUCGCAGUACGGCGGAGGAGGAGGAGCAGGAUCCGGACCUGGCAGCGUAGGGGGAGGCAAUGGUGGUGCAGCCGGUGGCAGUGGCAGUGGCGGUGAUGGCAGCGGCGGACAAACACCGACGGGACCGGCCACGGGUGGAACAGUGACCGGCGGGGAUGAGCCCCAAAUGCAGAUGAACUCCCUGGCCCACUCGCAAUCCUUUAUGAGCUCCUUCUACAAUAAUGCCAAUGCUCGUGGUGUGGGCGUUGGUGUGGGCGGUGGCUCCUCCUCGGCCAGCAUGCUUGUGGAGGCGGCCCUCAACUCCGUUGGCAAUAUGAUUGACAGCGAGAGCAGCGACCUUAAGGUUCCCACCGAUAACCACAUCAAUAGCGACAGUCCGAUGAGUGCCCAUGUGGAUCCCGAAUCGCAACGCUUCGGAGCGGGCAGCUCUGGCGGAGCGGGUGGCGGUGGCGGAAAUAGCAAUGGUGGCGGUGCCGGUGCAUCCUCUGGUGGAACUAAUGGAACUGGCGGCAUUGGCGGUGCCAUGGAUAAUCUGGAGAAUGAACUGAAGAUGAUGAAGAACCUGGGCAGCUUCCCCAUGCAAAUACCACCGCUGCCAAUGUUUCAGGGUGCCUGCAACAUAUCACCCAGUGCUUCCACCCCCACGAAUCCGCAGAGUAAUCAGAACCAAAAUGAUGUGGAUGUGGAUGCCGGCAGCACGCCACGUCCCCAGCAUCCCGAUUCGGAUGGUUUCUCCUCGUCGCAUCAUCGCACGCCGCCCUCGCCACCGCCCAUAUCACCGGGACGGGAUUAUGGCGGUAUGUUUGGUGCUGCCGGCAAUGGUGGUGGUCCGGGUUCGAAUAGUACGCCAGCGGGUAGCUCCAGCGGUGGUGGUGCUGCUGGCGGUGGUGGUGGUGGAGGUGGUGCCAAUAGCAUGUCCGCCUCCUCACCCUUGCCUGCCCUGCAGCCGCAGCGAAGGAAUGCCUCCAGUGUGGGUAGCACCUAUCCAGAGCAUGAGCUUAUCUCACCGGCCUCGUCGCCAAGCAUUCCCCGCUAUAACUUCAAUGGGGAUAUGAUGAGGCACAAGCGAGUGGUUCAGCAGGAGCAGGAGCAUCAGGAGCGGCAGCGUCAGAACAUUUCGCGGCAUAAUCAAAUGUCCAGCGAUGAGGAAAACAGCAUCAUGCCACAGAACAGCGCUGGCCAGGACAUGCGCAUGAAAUUCCCCCAGUCCCAGAUCGAUCUCAUGUACUCCAAGUACGAGAGCAUGGCCAGUAAUUUGAAGUACAACAGCCAGGAUCUGGAUUCACCCGCCGAGUAUCGACAGGCUGGCGGCAAUGGUGGCAAUGCGGCGGUUAGUGCCGCUGCAGCUGCUGCUGCUGCCGCCAGUGCGGCCAACGAUCUGUCCGAUCUCCAAGGCCUGGACAUGAGCUCCCGUUCGAAUGCGGCCAGCAGUAAUUAUCACCACAACUUCCAGCUGCCGAGCAGCCGUUAUCAUCAUCACAUCUAUGACAUCCUAUCCGAUCGGGAGCAGCAAUCGCAACAGGCUCAGCAAUCUGGUGGUGCGGUGGGUGGCGGUGCUGGCCCGGGUUCGGUGGUGCAUCAGCAGGAGCACGGUCAUGGCCAACACCAUGCCAUGCAGCAGCAUCAACAGUCGGCAGCAGCUAUGCACAAUAUGCUCAGCGAGCAGCUGGGAGAGCAGGAGCAUGAUCAGACCACCUCGGUGGAUCUGAGCAGGACGGCCAACUAUGUGGUGUCAUCGCCACCGCAGUUGCCAUACAAUCAUCCGUCGCACCACGACAUGUUGCGCAUGGCCUCGCUGGAUCUCACACCCAACACGGCCAACAUGGCCGUGGGCAACAAUCGCUCUUUCCUCUCCUCACAGAUGCAGCAUCAGAGCCGUGAGAGUCUCGAGCAUCAUCGGCUGCUCUCCACGGUGGAGCAACAUCGCAUCUUGGCUGCCUCAAAUGCGGCGGCGGAUCAACAUCGACUGCUCGUCGAUCCCACCGCUCAUCUGCUGAUGGAGCAAAAUAACCGACUGCUGGGCACAGCGGAUCAGAGUCGAUUGCUAGGUGAAUCGGCGGCGGCAGCUGCCCAGAACCGGCACAUGGCCAGGAGCUUUGGGGCAUACCAUCAGGUGGCAUCCAGCAACUACCAUCCAGGUGUGAGGCCGCCACCUGUGUUGCCCUCGGCCAAUCAUCAUGCCUCCAAUCCGUCGAACUAUCAUCCCUUCCCCGCCUACUACUAGGAGGCAGUGAUGUCUAUGGGUUAGAUCCCGGAUAAAGGCCAGUGGGGACGCAGUGCAAUUUCCAGGAUUCGAGAAAAAGGAGGAUAAAGUGGAGAUGGAGGAGGGAAGGUUCCCAGUUGCCCACCUCGAGUGACUGCAUAAGAAGCGCUAAAAUAAGUUUAGUUCCUUUAAUCCCAAUAACUCCCAAAGAAUUUCAGUUUGAUGUACUGUAUAAAAAAUAAGGGACUCGUUGGAGAACAAAAAAAAACUAA